UGAAGAAAAGCAGUUGAAUAUCUUGAUUGUUAUCCACAAACCACGAGGAUGAAGCCACCAGUAACUAAAAUACAGGAAAUUCUAGUCUCCGGUGAUAAAUAAGAGUCACAACAGCACAGGAUGCAUGCAGGGCAGCUCCUUGGGCCACAGGGAUCUGAAAGGCAAACAGCUUCAGCUCUUUUGUUCUAACAUCUGAUGUGUGUCCCCUGCAGGUCCCAUCUGUGCAUCUGGUGCCUGGGACAGCAACAGCACCGAUCCUGCCGCUCUCUGCCAGACCAGACCAAAGCAAGCAUGGGAAUUGCCCUUUUCUACCUAGGCCAGGUGUUACUUUGGGGGGUGCCCUCAUGGGCCAGUGAGGAGGCAGAGGCCCUGUGCGCCCAGACCGCCUGCUACACCAUCCACUGGGGCAAGCACAAUUGGAUGGAUGCCCAGGAGAAGUGCAAGAGCAACGGAGGCAACCUGGUGACCAUGAAGAGCCAGGAAGAGGCCUUGCAUGUCCAGGAUCUGCUAGCCAAGAUGCCCAGAAGGGAAGCCGGGCCAGAGGGGCAGGUGAGGCUUUGGAUCGGGCUCCAUCGGGAGAAGGGCAAGUGUUACCAGCAGCACCAGCGGCUCAAGGGCUUCAGCUGGGCCUCGGGAGGGGAGGAGACCGACUACGCCAGCUGGCUCCGGGAGCCCCGAGAGACUUGCACGGGCCGGCGCUGCGUGAGCCUGCACUGGAACCCCACCGCCCCCGGCUCUUCGUGGCUGGGCUGGGCCGACGGGCCCUGCAACGUCUCCUCCGCCAGGCCCCAGGGCUACCUCUGCAAGUUCAGCUUCCAGGGCAUGUGCCGCCAGCUGGCGCUGGCCGGGCCCGGCAGCGUCACCUACACCACCCCCUUCGGCUUGGACAGCGCCUCCCUGGCGGCCGUGCCCUUCGGCUCCCAGGCCGCGGUGUCGUGCCAAGGCCAGGCGCCGGGACCCUUCCUGGUGUGCAGGGCGCAGGCGGGUGGCGGGUUCGAGUGGAGCAGCCCGGGCCCCCUGUGCGCCUCGCCCCGCUACGGCUGCGCCUACAGCAACGGGGGCUGCCAGCACCAGUGCCUGGAGCUGGCGGGCGGCUCUUUCCGCUGCGCCUGCCACGCGGGCUACCUGCUGGGCGGGGACCUGCUGUCCUGCUCGCCCGUGGACUACUGCAGCGCCCAGCCGUGCCGGGGGCCGGCCGAGUGCCUGGGCCGGCCGGGGCGCUUCGAGUGCCGCUGCCCCGCGGGCUACGAGCUGGCUGGGGACCAGGUGAGCUGCGCGGACGUGGACGAGUGCUUGGGGGAGCCCUGCCAGGGCGGCUGCGUCAACACGGCGGGGAGCUUCGCUUGCACCUGCCCGCCGGGCUACGAGCCCGCGGGGCCCGGCGGCCGCCGGUGCCGGGACGUGGAUGAGUGCGCCCAGGGCGCGCCCUGCGCCCAGCUCUGCACCAACACGCCGGGCUCCUUCCUCUGCGCCUGCCGGCCGGGCUACCAGCGGGACAGCGACGGGGCCGGCUGCCGGGACGUGGACGAGUGCCUGGGGGAGCCCUGCCAGGAGCGCUGCGUCAACCAGCCCGGCAGCUACCAGUGCCUCUGCCCGCCGGGCUGGGCGCUGGCCCCCAACGGCGUCUCCUGCCUCUCGGGCUCCAGCCCCACCACCCCCGGCAGCGCGGCCCCGUCCCUGCGCCCCCCAGGAGAAGAGGAGCCGGCGGCUGGGGGUGGACACCCGCCGGGCACCCACCCUGCUACCGAGAGCCCAGCCCCGCGCUCUGAUCCAACUAUCCGAGCCCAGCCAGGCGGAGCAGAGCCCAGCACCCUCCAGCCAGCUGCCGUCAGCAGCGCGGCAGGGCCUGGGGAACCCAUGAUGAAACCCGACGCUGACCAGGCCACCGAUGGCCCCAAACUGCUCCUGUACUAUAUCCUGGGCAGCGUGGUGGUUAUCCUGCUGCUGAUGGCUUUUGCCCUGGGCUUGCUCAUCUAUAGGAAGAGGAAAGCCAAGAAGGAAAAGAAGAAAGCCAGGAGUGCCACAGACAACUACUGCUGGGUGCUUGAGCAGGCAGAGAAAAAAGCAGUAGACAAUGACUACAGGUAAAGGCAGGAGUCUGCAGAGAGGGUAACCCGCUUGCAGGGAUUAGGGUAGCAUCAGGGUUCUCUGGAGAGAGGGAACACUAAACUAAGGGUAAUUGUGUGCAGCAGAGAAUAUUUCCCAUAUGAUGUAAAACGAUGCUUUCAUUAUGUGACUUAACUUUUGUUUUCACAUUAGAACCUGGGGUUUGGCAUUGUCUAAGUGUCAGAGGAACAGCCAGUCUGCCACUUAGAUCAAGAUCCCCAUACUGUUCCCACUGAAAUCAGUAUCAAAACUCCCACUGAUUUUAAUAGGACAAGGAUUAGGCCCAGAGUGAUAUGUUGCUUUUGAAAAAUAAAAGCAAUCACACCGAAGAGCUCAUUGGAACUUUCAAAAAGUUAAACAUCUUUACAAUCAGAAUAAUCAUGGCCCUGAUCUUGCAAACACUUGUGUACGUGACAGGUUUCAGAGUGGUACCCGUGUUAGUCUGUAUCAGCAGAAACAAUGAGGAGUCCUUGUGGCACCUUAAAGACUAACAAAUUUAUUUGGGC